GCGCAUGCGCAGUAGGAUGGGGUGCAAACACUUCAGGGAGAAAAACAACACCACCACCACCACCGCUGAUCGAAGCGAGGGUGGAACUAAAUGCUCUCGUUAGAGUGAUUAGCGGUUUGGAGACAUCAUCCUCAUCAUUUAAAAAACAAAAAACCCUCUCCAUAUUUACUGCAAUUUCGUUUUUGACUUGACUUGUAGAUGGUGUGCUCAUGAACCUGGCCAGUCAGAGCGGAGAGGCCGGCUGCAGCCAGCUGCUCUUCGCCAACUUUAACCAGGACAACACGUCCUUAGCAGUUGGUACGAAAUCUGGAUACAAGUUUUUCUCUUUGUCAUCGGUUGACAAAUUGGAACAGAUUUAUGAAUGUACUGACACGGAAGAUGUGUGUAUUGUGGAAAGACUGUUCUCCAGUAGCCUUGUUGCUAUUGUCAGCCUGAAGGCACCUAGGAAGCUCAAAGUGUGUCAUUUCAAGAAGGGAACCGAGAUAUGUAACUACAGCUACUCGAACACUAUACUGGCUGUAAAACUGAACAGACAGAGGUUGAUAGUAUGUCUGGAAGAAUCACUGUAUAUCCACAACAUCAGGGAUAUGAAAGUACUUCAUACAAUUCGAGAGACUCCUCCAAAUCCAUCAGGAUUAUGUGCACUUUCAAUCAGUAAUGACAACUGCUACCUGGCGUAUCCAGGAAGUGCAACAAUAGGGGAAGUGCAGGUUUUUGACACUGUUAAUCUGAGGGCCGCUAAUAUGAUCCCGGCUCACGACAGCCCGUUAGCAGCACUGGCUUUUGAUGCAAGUGGAACAAAACUUGCCACAGCUUCUGAGAAGGGAACUGUCAUUCGAGUGUUCUCCAUUCCAGAGGGCCAGAAGCUCUUUGAGUUCAGGAGGGGAGUGAAGAGAUGUGUGAGUAUCUGCUCCCUGGCCUUCAGUAUGGAAGGACUUUAUCUGUCUGCCUCUAGCAACACAGAGACGGUUCAUAUCUUUAAGCUGGAGACACAGAGGGAAAAGCCACAGGAGGAGCCUACUACUUGGACAGGAUACUUUGGGAAAGUACUGAUGGCCUCCACUACUUAUCUGCCUGCGCAGGUGUCUGAGAUGUUCACACAAGGACGGGCCUUUGCUACAGUCAGACUGCCAUUUUCAGGACAUAAGAACAUCUGUGCUUUAGCCAUAAUCCAGAAGAUUCCACGUCUUCUGGUGGCGGCAGCAGAUGGCUACCUUUACCUGUACAACCUGGACCCUCAGGAGGGGGGAGAAUGCACACUGAUGAAGCAGCACAAGUUAGAUGGAAGCGCUGAACCCGCAAAUGAAAUUCUAGAGCAGACGUCCCAUGAGCGCCCACUAGUGGCACAGACCUACAGCACUGCCAUUGCCAAAGGUUACCCUGAGGAUCAGGGAGCAGUGGGUGGAGCUGGCGUGGAGGACGACGUGAAUGCCCUGCACCUGGAUGAGGAAAAUGAGCAGCCUCCCCUAAUCCUGGAGACAGACUGAGAGCUCCAACCCCCCCCGCAUCCCUCACGCCACGGGGCAGGAAACAAAUCAUGGAGUUACAUUUCAGAGGGGGCGCUUUUCUUCCUCCUCUGGCGCUGCUAUGAGAAAGGGGUUAAGAAGAGAGGGCAUUUUGUAAGCAAGCCUAGCUGUAGCCUUCUUGUCUGUUAUGUAUAGUUGUUUCACUGUCCGUUCCCCAUUUGUGGCUUUUUAAAUCUGGUGAAUUUUGACGCCCAGACUACCUUUCCUAUAAUACUAAAGCAAGAAGUCCGAGCUGCAGCCAUCCUGUCUAGUAGCUUUGCAUGUACAUGUGCCAAGUGCAAGAAAACAUUUGCUCUUAUGUUCAUGGUUCUGAUGUGUUCAGUGGACAUUCUCCUCUUGAGCCUUGACAUAUGCUUUAAAGUGUGUGUGUGUGUGUGUUUCUUUUCUUAAGCAGAAGAUAGCUAACUCGAUAUGCCUGCCACACCAUACUGUGCAAUGUUUUUUUCCAUUGUGUCGGAAAUGUGGGGCGUCUCAUCUGUGGCUGUUUUUGUGCCGAAAUGUGAAUAUAGUAACGUUUAUGAUGCCUUCAUGUUAUUUUGCCAGCUUAAUGAUUAUUAAGAUGACACUGACAGUGUAAACAGUAUUCAUCACAGGCCGCGCUUCUCUGAUCAGCAGGAUCAACUUUAGUUUUUCCCAGAUAUCGAGAAAGGAGCACCUCUUUUAUUUCUAGACCAAUAUCCCCACUACUUUGUGGACCAUUUGGUUAUCCAGUUGGGCAGAUGAAGAUUACAGGUCGGCGUCACCCUUCCUUUUCCCCCUCCCUCCCUGUCUUCCCUUACCCUGAUAUAAUCGCAGAAUUUUAUGCGCCACUAAGACUUUAUAAAGCAUCGACCAUAUCAUUUGGAGUGGAAAUGAUGUGUUUAUUUGGGUAGAUGUUGGUGUGCAAACACUGCCCUGUGAUAUUAUGUAAUAAACUGCCAGCCAUUGUCUGGUUUUCAGUUUAA